AAAAUCGAACUCCGCAAAGUCAACACUGGAAUCGGACAACAAAAUAACAACGAUUAAUUAAUUUAAAAACACGAAAAGGAGUGCGUACUGGUAAUCUAUACUUACUAAUAGAUUAGUUAAUCAUUUUGAGAACAUUUACGAGACGUCGAACCAUGUCCAAAGGUGACAAAACAAUUAUCUGUCGCGUGUGUUUACGCUCCGACAUCAAGAUCCGCAAAAAAUGUAUAUCGCUCUUCGAAAGACACAAGGAUGCUCUCAUUUGUGACAAUAUAAGCUCCAUCGCAAAUGUUGUGAUAAAACAGAACGACGGUUUGCCCAGCGAGAUAUGCCCAGAUUGCCUUUUGGAGUUGGACACAGCGGUCACUUUCAAAGCCAAAUGUGAGAAUUCAAAUAUCAUUUUGCUGGGUACUCUUCCAGGAAACCAAAUUACGCAGCUAACAGAAUUCUCAAUUGAUAUGAAAUUGGAACAGAUUAAAAAAGAGGAACCUGAUGACUAUGUUGAUGAUAAAGACUUUGAGGUUGAAUAUCUGGACACUGACGUUGACUUCGGUUUGGAUCUUGAUCAAAUAGGUAAACAAGAAACUCAAGUAGAAACAUUAAAUGUGAAACCAAAUAAAGAAACUCAAUUUGAAUGUCACGACUGCGGUGAAUUCUUCAAAAGUAAAUGUAAGUUAAAAGUUCACUGGAAACGUGUUCAUCUCUUGGACAAAUUAGUGUGUGAAACAUGCAAGCGUGCCUUCAAGUCUACCAAAGCUUAUGUAAGACAUGUUAAAAGCAAUAAUAGAUCUUGUCUUAUUGCAAAAAAAGUGACGGUUGAGGGUAUUGGGAAACAAAGAGUAUUUCAUUGUAAAGAUUGUGCAUACAAAUCCCGUCGAAUAAAAGAUAUCCAGACUCAUUUAGUGACGCACAAUGGAGAUAGACCAUUCCAAUGUGACCUGUGCCAAAAGAGAUUUACCCAACAAGGAUCACUACAAAGCCAUAAAGAAACUACACACAAAUUAUACUUAAAAGAAAUCACCUGUCAGUAUUGUGGAAAGUUUCUUCGUGGUCGCAAUCGUAUAUACCUACACUUAAAAACGCACACAGAUAAGCAAGUGCAGUGUGACAUUUGUAAAAAGGUUCUAUCCAAUAAAAAGAUUUUGGUCAAUCACUUGCAACGUCAUACUGGUGUCAAGAUGUUCACAUGUGAGACUUGUGCGAGUCCUUUUUAUACACUAUCAGAUUUAUGCAAUCACAGACGAACGAUACAUCAAAAAGGGCAACAUAUUUAUAAGUGUGAAAUCUGUGGUUACACUACAUACAGAUCUGAGACUCUUAAAAAGCAUAAAGCUCGUCAUACAGCUGACAGAAUACCAUGUCUUGUAUGUGGUAUGUUUGUUGCAAACGCAGACGAAUUGCUCCAGCAUCAGAAGCGGCAUUUAUUUAAAAAAUAUGAAUGUCCAUAUUGCCAGCUCAAAUAUGCUAGAAGGGACUCACGAAAUAAGCAUGUAAGAGCCAAGCAUAAUUUCCUAUUUUCUAACAUGAAUAAUUUUAUUGUUAAGAAAGAAAAACCACCAAUGAAUCCAUCGGAUGAAAAUGAAAAAGUCUUCAUAGAAGUUGAUGUUGCUCCCAUCCUGACCACUAUUAAAAGUGGGUAUAAAAUGACAAGUGAAAAAUAAAAUAUGCCCAUUGACCAUCUACCAAUGACAAGGUAUAUUACUGCAUACUGUAUUAAUUUCUAUUGCACACCGUUGCAGUAGCAUUAAAACUGUAUAUUGUUGCUCAGAGUAACUGGAGUGGCUUUUCUCCAUAAUUCUAAUUAUUAUACAAAGGAUGGUUUUGCUUAAGCAAAACUUAGAUCAGAAUAUAAACCCUAACCAGAUUCCUGCUUGUUUUGUAACUAUGCCCUUUACUAAAUAGUC